UCACCUUCAAAUUUCAAUUUUAUAAGGGGCGGGUGAAUUAUAACGCAAGUCGUAAACGCUUCCGAUUAGCCAUUCAAGGUGCCGCUAAUCGGGGUGAAAUGUAAGAAGUGUACUUGCAUUGGUCAAGUACCAUUAUGUAUUCGCCGACAGAUCUACGCCGUCGUUGGUACGAGCGUAUGGUCAUCAGUACGCCGGAAAGUUUUAGAGAAGCCGUUACUAUCGCUAUUCACGAUAUUCAUAACAGACUUGGUUCGUCUGUCGCCGAAAUAGCGAAUUAUAUUACGCUAACUAUGCCGAUGCGACUUGUCGCCGCCGCACAACAGUUUCCUAUGAUUUUGGAAGCUGUUCACGAGUUAGUCCGUAGGGAAAUAAUUGUGGAAAUUACCGGAUUAAAUGUGCCGCGUUAUGCGUUAGCUGAUACAAACCGUACGCGGUUGAGUGCCGUCAGUGGCGUCCCAGUGAGAGACUUGGGUCUACCACCGCCGGAUAAGAAACGCAAGAACGUUACGGUCAUUCGACAACCGCCGCCGCCUCCAGAACCGACACACGCCAUUCUGGCAGACGCUAUAGGACAGAUCUUAAGAUCUCGACAACAGCCGCUAUUAGGCAGAAUUCCCGAUACGUUAAGGCAUCGGUAUAGUGCACAAGCCGUAGCAGUUUCGCUUAAUCGCGAAUGGGAACAAGGCCGACUUUUACGUCAGUUUAAUCAUCGCCAAUUAAUGGCAUAUUAUACUGUAGCGCCGAACGUGUCCUUUUUGCAAGACUAUCCGCUAUUUGAUGCCACUCAAUGGCAAGAGGUAGUUAUCCGUACAAUAGCCGAAAUUAAUGAUCCAUUGGGAUCGACAGUCGACGAAAUUGUGCAGUAUAUUCGCACGGUUCGUCCUGAAAUGGGAAAUCGUGUCGACCAUUAUGUCGAAUUAGCCGUAUCUGAGUUGGUGUUCAACCCGCGUAUAAUUUCCGUUAAUGAUCCGGAACGGGGCAUAACUGGGCGAAUAAACCCAGCAGAUGCACCCGGCCCGUCACGCCGAUAAUUUAUUGUUAAAAUUAAAAGCCGAUCAACUGUCGAUAUUACUCUCGUAAAAAUAACCGAUAAUUAAUUAUCAAUUAGGAUAGUUAGUUAAUUUAAUAAGCCGUUAUUAUUCCCCCACUAAAUUGUGGUCCGUACGUAGUCGCUCUAAUUAAUCGAUAAAAUGCCGAUUAACCGAAUAAAAAAUAGGUUAAAUAGUCGAUUAAUGUUAAAUAGCCGAUUAAUAAACAAGGCAAAUUAGCGUUGAAUAAUUAUGGUUAAUUAACCGGUAUAAUCAAGUAGAUAAUAUGGAGCCGUGUCAUCGUUGCGAAAGCAACACCAGUAGCCGGAAAUGCGCCGAAUGCCUGCUGGGACAGAAUUUGUACCAGCUGGAUCCGAACAUUGUCGUUCCACGGUUGGUGAAUGAGGUGCUGUCCCGUAAUCUGGACGCAUACAUCACCGUGACGGAAGCGCAGUUUGAGCCGGCCUUACAGGCGAAGCCGUGGUUGCGGACGCGCAUGAAUGACGCAGUCCGCCGAUUUAUUUCGACAGCCGGUCCGCGGGAUCCAUGGCGAGAUAUGCCAGAACCAGUGGAUCAGCCGAUUCAGCAGAUCACACCGCCGAACAAUUAUGUUGCACAAAUGCACUUGCCCAUCAGCUACCCUGCACAAGUGCAGACGCCGAUAAAUCAGGGACAUGCUAUGAAUCCCAUGUCGCCGCUUCAGCAGAUGCAGUACUACCAGCAGUACCAGUCGACACAGUAUCAGCCGGCGCAAUAUGCGCAAUAUCAGCAGCAAGCCGAAGCCGCUUUCAAUCAGCCGCAAUAUCAACAAUAUCGUUAGCAGAGCGAGCAGCAGGCGCCGAACAGUGUCGAUAGUGCAGAGACUUCUGAUCCCUGGCUGAGGGAGCGUGGGUAUCCGGGAAAUACUGCACCACAGCAGUAUCCAAGCCGUGCUGCAUCACAGCAGCGUCCAGCCGAAGUGCAGCCCAGUACGUCGCGUGUGAAACCAGACGCGCGUGUCGGACUGUCGAAGCAAAGUCGUGGCAGACAGCGCGCAAACCAGCCGAAUAUCCGUUCUGCUAGCUAACAGCAGCGUAAUGAGCCGAAUAAACCGCAGAAUGUUAAUCAGCCGGCUGAAUCUCAGCAACCGCCGCCGCGUGAAACUAAUUCCCGCGAUAAUCGUGGUGUUCGACGACCACGACAGCCGACCAUCGAUCCUAAUAGGAUCCUACGCGAUGUAACUUAGUAUACCAGCGACUUGGGUAUUUAUAUACACAAGUUAGCUACCGUCGCUGAUAUAGCGAAGACAAAUGCGCCGGAAAUGUUAUGUUUAAAGAAGAUGAUCCAGAAUGCCGUGGCAUUUCUGGGGAAGAUAGGACUAAAAGACCCGAUGAUGGAGUUUGAUUACUCCACUGUCGACUUGUCGCGUUCGUUGGAAGUACUUACGUACGCGUCGAGCCACCGUAAUAAUCUCCGUACAGUGUUAGAUAAGAAGCACUUGUACACGCCGAUCACCGCCGUCGAUAUUGAGAUUAUUUCUCAAUUCAAAAUUUAUGGAGAUCCGGUAACUGAAAAAUUUUUUAUGCAGUAUAUACUGCCACAAGCCGAUCCUGCGAAGUUUUUCUUCUUCUGCAAAGUCGCUCAUUAUUUAAACCAAGAAUUAAAUGAGCGCAAUAUCGAUUGGACGCCGAUUCCCUACAAUACGGGAUUAAAAUUCGCCGCUAUGAGUAUCAAAGCCGCACUACUUGGUAGUCAUAGCGCCCAUAAGGCGAUCUACCAAAGUAAGGAACGAGCCGAAUAUGCCCUGUUAAAGGACUUGAUCGAAAUGCUAGGGAAGCCGCUCACCGAACAGCAGGAAGCGCAGGUGUUGAAAGACACUCUGGCUGCUGCCGGUCAUGUUGAAAUGGACACUGACGAAGCCGACCAGUUUUACGAUGAUGUUAAUAUCCGUAUGAAACGAUACGGUGAUCGUAAGACGCAGUUCGACAAGGGCCAGCUGUACAAAAAGCGCCCUUUGCCCGAUUCGCCGGAUGCUCCUACGGGAAGCAAAACCGUACAGCCGGAGCCGAAGUUCCGAAAUAUUCGGAAAAAUCAGUCGGGAGAUUCCGCGACGCCGCAGUUGGGAGUGAUGGGCGGAAAACAGCCCGUUAAGCCGAUUCCUCCCAUUACACAGCCGAUUAUAAUUCCACAAGUGAAGCCGAAUCUGCCAUUGGCGAAGUUCAAAUCCGCUCCGUCGUUGCUGGAUAUGACUACGGUUAAAUCCACAGGUACGAGUACCGAGCCGAAUAAGAAUAAGAAUGUUUCACGACCGCCGAGUAAUAAUGGCAAUAAAGCCGCUAAUAAAUCGGGUGUUGCAGGGAAGUCACAACAGCAGCAGUUGCCAGCUGUGCCUGCGCCCGUGCCGCCGAUUUCAACUGUUCUUGUUGAACAACAGCCGAUUGUUGCGAAUGAACAACCAGCAAAUGUUAUAUUGUCGAUUUCCGCCGAAACGCAGCCUGUUAACGCUGCACUGCCGCAACGAACAGUUAACAGAGCUAAAUCUGUUAGCACAGAGCCGAAGACGAAGGAUAUUCUCGUCGAGAGCUAUUUGGUGAAAUUACCAAUUUCUCGUAUGUCCGACGCCGAGUUUGAAUUUUAUAAGACGACGAAGUCGUUUGAAAAUGAGGCCGAACCGAAUUCCGAUGACUAUAAGCGGAAUACGAUCGCGUAUUUACGCAAGAUGAGGGAGUCUGAAAUGAAUAAAGACCAACUUGCGUUCUUUCGCCGAUACCGUUCCGAUUAUCUAGAUGAGUAUCUGGAUGACGCCGACAAUACUGAACAGCCGUUCAUUCGAUUGCCGCCACCGCAAGGUGAGGAAGAUACCGAAAUAUUUCACGAUACAAUGGAAAACGUGUCGGCACAAUCUGUGCAACCAGUGUCUCAGAUACUGGGCGAUGCUUUGUAUGCAGUCGCCGGAGCCGCUAUAGCCGAUUGUAUUUCCGAUCCUGCUGCCGUCGACGCUGACACCGACAUGCUGAAUGAUGCGUGAGCGAUGCUGCCGAAAUGCUGUUAUGGAGGACAAGUCAUUCUCCAAGCUGAAUUCAUUAUGGAAUGGAUCUCAUCAAAUUCGCCAAAUUUUUGUGAUUUUUUUAACCUAGUAUAUGCGCCGCAAGUUGUACUCGGUCGCAUUUUGCUCAUUAUUUUGGUGUUUGUUUUUGUUUGCUGUGUCCUCGCGGGAGCUCGGAGUUCCGUCCCGUGGCAUGUCAGGAGAUCGGUGCCACCGCCCAGGAUAGUGGGGCUGCGUGGAUAUCGCACCGUCUCUCCGGUCUGUUUUUUGCCGAUUCGACCGUACAUUAAAAUGUACGGCCUCACUUCGGAUUUUGCCUUCUCCCAGCCAAGAAUAUCUUGACUGGUCGAUUCUGUUCUUCCUUUUGCUCCCAUCUGGGGUUUUGAUAUCAUCCUGCGGAUGAUUUAGAUUUGUCGGGCUUCAUUGCCUUUAUUAAAAUUCCAUUUUAAUAAACGAUCUGU